UUCCAAACAUGGCCUUAGGAUGAUUGGUUAAUCGCUUGUACCUUUAGCUGCCAAUAGAGAGCCGUGCUCUGUCCCUUUUUCAAUCAAACGUACCACACUCUCCCUCUCUAGAAUCUUAUUUGAUAAUCCAUUGCAAGAACAUCUAUUACAAAUGUACAUCAACGAGUAGAAUCACUCAAAACCGAGUCCCGAAGAUCAAUUACCAAAUAUUUGGGAGGAUCGUUUGGGUUGCAGAUCUGGAAAAUGGAGGAAGUCCAGGAGAAGCAAAGUCAAUCACUUGGUCAGGAUGGUGAAAAUGAAAUCAUUGCUGAAAGUGCUUCAUAUGUGGACGGAGAACCUCCUCAAGAUGGUAGUGGCCCCCCAAAAGUUGAUUCCGAAGUGGAAAUUCUUCAGGAGAAAGUUAUAAAGCAAACUAUCAAGGAAGGUCAUGGUCAGAAGCCAUCCAUAUAUUCAACAUGCUUCUUACAUUACAAGGCGUGGACUGAAAGCACCCAGCACAAUUUUGAAGACACGUGGAAUGAAAAACGACCAAUCGAAUUGGUGUUAGGAAAAGAGAAGAAAGAGUUGACGGGAUUAGGUAUUGGUGUGUCCAGCAUGAAGUCUGGCGAACAUUCCCUGCUUCGUGUGGGUUGGGAAUUGGCUUAUGGGAAAGAAGGAAGCUUUUCUUUCCCAAACAUCCCUCCCAUGGAAGAUAUUAUGUAUGAAGUUGAGCUUAUUGGUUUUGAUGAAACCAAAGAAGGGAAAGCUUGUGGUGACAUGACUGUUGAGGAGAGGAUUGGAGCAGCAGAUAGAAGAAAGACGGAUGGAAAUGCUUUAUUCAAGGAGGAAAAACUUGAGGAGGCUAUGCAACAGUAUGAAAUGGCGAUAGCGUAUAUGGGAGAUGACUUCAUGUUCCAGUUGUUCGGUAAGUACCGGGACAUGGCUUUGGCUGUAAAGAAUCCCUGCCACCUUAACAUGGCAGCAUGCAUGAUAAAACUGGAGCGUUAUGAAGAAGCCAUUGGGCAGUGCAGCAUUGUAUUGGCAGAGGAUGAAAACAAUGUCAAAGCAUUUUUCAGACGAGGAAAAUCUAGGGCAGAACUUGGGCAGACAGAUGCUGCACGAGAAGACUUUGUCAAGGCAUGUAAAUAUGCUCAUGAGGACAAAGCAGUUGCGAGGGAAUUACGUUUACUUGCCGCACAUGACAAGGCCCUAUAUCAAAAGCAAAAGGAGCUCUACAAAGGAAUGUUUGAACCAAGACCUGAACCUAAACCCAAGCAAACCAGUUGGCUGAUCCUGAUUUGGCAAUGGCUGCUUUCAUUAUUCUAUCAACUUUUCAAGCGUGAAAGACACAAAGCUGAUUAAAGUGAGCUUUGGAGUAAACAGGAGUGUCUAGUCAGAAAUUUUAUUUAUUAAACAAAAUGUUAUGAUAUGCCGAAAAUUCCUUUUCCAGUUGGGUUUCUAUUUUUGGUUUGUGAAAUCUCUUUUUUUUGAUAUAAUUCGGCUCUAAGAAAGGAAGUCUAUAAAAAUAGACCUAGGCUAUGGGUUGAAAAAUAAGUCAGUUGAGUUGAGAUUUGAGAGAGUUUUUGAUAGGGUAGAGAGAGAGUUUUUGAGAAAUUGAGUUCUUUUGUAAACACCUCUUUUAUUUUAUGUUUGUAAAUUCUGAUCUCUUUUCCUCUU